CUCUCUUUCUCUCUCUCAAAAUCAAAGCACAAUAACACAAGUCCAACCCCCUUACAAAGAAGUUACUACUCUCUACUUUGUUGUUCAGAUUGUACUGUGGUGUUUUUUUUUUUUUGGUUUUAUCUACUCUUAGUUCUCACAAUGAAAUUGUCAUUUGGCAAUCAUUAAUUAUGAAAAGGGAGGAAGCAUGUGUGUCUCCUUCCUAAACCAUUCUUUUGCCGUUACCACACUCUUCAUCUCCUAUUAAAUUUGGUUAGCAUUGUCGGUCUGCUUUUAUUUUAGUCUUUUUCUCAUAGGAGGCUGUCCCCCACAGUGCUUCAGCAUAUGCUGCCUGCAGGCUGCAGCUACCUCCAAACUCACUUCAAUAUUACUCUCCAUUUGGGUUGUCGGUGAAAGAUCUUCAGAAUGGAAUUGCAGCUUAUUUUCCUGCUAAUUAAGCUACAUUUUGUUAUAUGUAUUCCCCAGCUUCAUGAAUAUGCUGCCACUUAUCUGCACCAUUCGAGAAUCAGAAGCCCUUCAAGUAUUGCAUUCCCGCCAUCAGAAUCACUUUCUGGACUUCCUCAUAGUAUUGCACUUCCACCUUCCAAGGCAUCUUCUAGAAAUGCCGGAAGUAUUGCACUUUCACCUUCCAAAUCAUUCCCCAAAAUGAAAUGGACGCACAGUUCUAUGGACUCUCCAAUAUCACACCAUAAGCAUCACCAUUCCAGAAGAAAGUCCAACAACCAAGUUCCUGGCCCAACCUAUCCAAUCCACCCUCAUACUCAUCAAGGUUCUCCAGUCUUCAAAUAUCAACAUUCAUUCUCUUCACCUAUGAGCCUGCGUUUAAAUGCACCCACAUCAGCACCAGCACCAGCACCUGCAUCAUCACCAACAGUUCUAUCACACCACUUGAAUGUACCCUCUCCUUCACCUAGAAUUUCACCUCCAGGUUCAUCAUUGAAGAAGACAGAGACUCCACCACCAGCAUAUACUUUGGUUCUACCAUCUCCACCACCUAACAAAGAUUGUAUAUCGGUGACUUGCUCUGAGCCCUUGACAUAUACACCUCCUGGAUCACCUUGUGGUUGUGUGUGGCCACUUCAAGUUAAACUUCGCAUCAACAUUGCAAUAUACAAGUUUUUUCCUUUGGUUUCCAAGCUUGCCAAUGAAAUUGCUGCUAGUGUUUUGCUGAACCAUAAUCAAGUACGCGUUGUGGGAGCUGAUGCAACUAGCCAGCAGCUCGAGAAAACCAUUGUUCUCAUAAAUUUGGUACCUCAAGGAGUGAAGUUUGAUGACACAACUGCAUUUUUAAUAUAUAAGAAAUUCUGGCAGAGAGAGGUUCUCAAUGAUGCUUCUGCCUUUGGUGACUAUGAAGUGCUCUAUGUUCAUUAUCCAGGCCUUCCACCAUCUCCACCUUCAAAUGUUCACGGUAUAGAUGUUGAACCAUACCCUGGUCGCAGGAACGAUGGAACAAUAGUGAAACCUUUAGGAGUAGAUGUCUCAGGGAAGAAAAAAGAAGGGAGUGGUGGAAGAAUGGUUAUUAUGAUCGUGCUGUCAUCUUUUGCUGCCUUUGUUCUAUUCAUUGGAGUUGCCUGGCUUUGUCUCUUGAAAUGUGGUUCCUGCACUCUUGAACCUGAACAAAUUCCAGAUGUCAAAAUUCCAUUCUCUUCAAAGCGAUCAGCAGGGACUGCCAGUGCAAGGGCAUUGAAUUAUGGGAGCAUGCCGGGUUCUAGAUCAAUGUCCUUCAAUUCUGGAACAAUAAUAUAUACAGGAUCAGCUAAAAUAUUUACUUUGAAUGAAAUAGAGAAAGCAACAAAUAACUUCGAUUCUUCAAGAAUAUUAGGAGAAGGUGGCUUCGGUCUUGUUUACAAAGGUGACCUAGAUGACGGCAGGGAUGUGGCAGUGAAGAUUCUCAAAAGAGAGGACCAGCAUGGAGACCGUGAAUUCUUUGUAGAAGCUGAGACGCUUAGCUGCUUGCACCAUAGAAAUUUAGUUAAAUUGAUAGGUUUAUGCACAGAGAAACAAACUCGCUGCUUAGUCUACGAGCUUGUCCCUAAUGGCAGCGUUGAAUCCCACUUACAUGGUGCUGACAAGGAAACCGAGCCACUUGAUUGGGAUGCACGGAUGAAGAUUGCACUUGGUGCAGCUAGGGGAUUGGCUUAUCUGCAUGAAGAUUGUAAUCCAUGUGUCAUACAUAGGGACUUCAAAUCCAGCAACAUCUUGUUGGAAUAUGAUUUUACACCCAAAGUUUCAGAUUUUGGAUUGGCUAGAACAACACUGAACGAGGGAAGCAACCACAUCUCAACACAUGUCAUUGGAACAUUUGGCUACGUAGCUCCUGAAUAUGCAAUGACCGGCCAUCUUCUUGUGAAAAGUGAUGUUUACAGCUAUGGAGUUGUACUCCUUGAGCUCCUAACUGGAAGAAAGCCUGUGGAUUUGUCACAGCCACCAGGUCAAGAAAACCUUGUUGCUUGGGCUCGUCCACUUCUUACAAGUAAGGAGGGUUUGCAGAAGAUCAUAGACCCAAUUAUAAAACCCGUUUUUUCUGUCGAUACCAUGGUAAAAGUUGCAGCAAUUGCAUCCAUGUGUGUGCAACCAGAAGUCACUCAACGUCCUUUCAUGGGUGAAGUUGUUCAGGCAUUGAAGCUGGUAUGCAGUGAGUUUGAGGAAACAAGUUAUGUAAGACUGAAAAGCUUUCGAGAAGAUGAUCUUGCAACCAGUGUUCCAGGUGAGAGAGUGGGAAUUUCAGAGUGUAACAUAACACUGCCUCAGCCUGGUUAAGAACCAAGGUAGCAUUAUCUUCGUAAGAGAUGCUCAGUACAUGGGGCAAGGAAUUUGAGUUGUUCAGGUUGUUUGUGUAGAGGGAGCAGGAAUUUUCAAGUAAACUAUCUUUGGGUGGGGGUUAGCAAAUGAUGUUCAUAUACCUCUUUUUUAUCUUCGCUCAUCAAGCCUGGACAUAUUAGAAUCAUAUGUCUUGGCCUCUACUUGUGUGUGAAACUUUAAGUACAUAAAUUGACUCAUACAUGAAGCCAUAGACAAAACAAUGAGAAAUCUCAGCAAAAUGAAACAAAACUAAAUAAUCUGUUUCUGUCCGAUUCUUACUCUGUUUGUAGCUCUGCAUGUCAACAACUGAUUAAGGACCACACACAAUGUUGGGAAGUCCCACAUCAUCUGUUGGACAACUUUAGAUGUAUAUUUGAUUUUAAGAUAAAAUAUAACAUGGUAAGUUUGAGCUCAUCCUUGUUAAUCUUCCUCAAAGAGGAGUACUAAAAUUCAUUCAUUCUUUUUCUUAGCCAACUCAAUGAUCUCACUUUUACUAGCUAGCACUAUAUUCUAUAUGCUCUGAGAAA